UCCUACUUCUCUGGUCCAAACAAAUCCAGAGCAUUCAGGAGCAGAAUCUAAAGUUAGAAGGAGGACAUACUGGCUGCUGCACUGUUGUCAGAGAAGCCAGCACUUCAACAUAGCAUGUUUCCUUAAUGUCUGAUCAUAUAGUAAGGUCACUUUAUCAUUCAAUUCUUCAGUAGAUAUCUUACAUAUUGGACCUUUAAAUAAGUCUGUUUAGAAAUCAAAUUAUAUCUCUUUUUCGACCAAAACAACAAGAAUACAAAAAACAACAAAAAAGUCCUUGGUGCACAAUAUUGAGCAGUUUCUUGUUUUUCAUUACCAGAAAAUGCAAGGGAACUCCAGUCUUGGAAAUUGUCUAACUUGGACAACUUGUUGUCUAACUUGUUGUCCAAGACCAAUUUCCAUCAGGGGACAAUAAAGUGUAUCCUUACAAUCCUUAAAUCCUUACUAAUGCAAGGCAGGGAAGUUUAUUUAUAUGGCACAUUUCAGCAUUACUUAGGCAAUGUUUCCAAAUGCUGCCAAUGUAUUUGUGACCAAGGUCACCAAAACCCUUAACCAUUUCCACUUAUCUGUACAGAUCUGAAUUGUUUUUUUUACAAACACUACCAGCUUCUCACAUUUGCAAUCCUUUAUCUUUUAUGUAGCUGCAAAUCCUCCGGGACAGAGAACAUUUGUCUUAAUUAGACAAGGAAUGACUUGGACGGAUGCCCGGGAAUACUGCAGAAAUCACCACACAGACCUGGCUAUGAUGCAGACUGAACCGGAAGCUCGAGAUCUGGGGACAGUAAAAGGUCCUCAUCAAGUUUGGAUUGGUAUGUACCGAGAACCAUGGAGCUGGUCCGACAACAGAAACAGCUCCUUCAAAAACUGGAGAAACGGACAGCCAAAUAACUACUUGGCUGUCCAGUACUGUGUGUCCCGUAAUCCGGAUUACACAUGGAGGGACAAUGAUUGUUCAGUGAAGCUUCCCUUCUGGUGCCAAACAGUCCCCAAAAAGAAAAUCUACAAGUUGAAGAUGAAGAUUAAGACUAAUGUUGACCUCUCCAAUCCCGCUUUAAACACCCAGCUCCUACAAAAGCUAGGUGAAGUGAUGUCUGAGAAGGACCUGGCUAACGUAAAACUGCGGUGGAGUAUUCAACCCAGAAAACAAGAGGAAGAGGAAGACAAGAACGAAUGCCCUGCAAAUUGAUGGCAGGUGAUGAAGGUUUUUGUUUUUGUUUGAAAUUCUUGCUGACCACAAGAAUUUCAAACAAAAUGUCCAGGGGUUGUUCAAAGAAAGUUUUCUCCCAUUGUCCAUCAUAACUAUCUAUCCUAGAGAUAAAUUGCAUGACGAGCUUCUGCAAUUGUCGCUGUUUCUAUUUAAGUUCUGUGUUUUGGUCCGUACCAUUGCCUGACUGCAAACGAGCAACAAAAAUAAGUUGAUAAGUCGAAAUUUGGGUGCAGUGCUGGUCUGUUUGACUGGAAUUAUUUUGCUGCAAUACUUU